UACGCUUAUCUUCAGCAAGCGCAAGCUUUUUACACAUUUCCAUUCCACCAAAUGAUGACUGCAGCGCCUAACAUGGAAAUGAUGUCGGAGCAGCCAACUCUAGAGGGCGUUCCAGAGCAAAACAUUGCUCAGGAGCCUCCAAAAGAAGUUAAAAAAGGAGGAAGGAAAAGAAAAGCCAAAGCAACUGAGCCAAAGCAACCCAAAAAGCCUGCUGCUAAGAAAGAAAAAACAGCCAAGUCAAAAGGCAAACAAGAAAAGAUCACAGAUACUUUUAAAGUCAAAAGAAAAGUGGACCGUUUUAAUGGUGUAUCUGAAGCUGAACUUCUGACCAAAACUUUACCUGAUAUUUUGACCUUUGAUCUGGACAUUGUAAUAAUUGGCAUAAACCCUGGCUUGAUGGCAGCUUACAAAGGACAUCAUUACCCUGGACCUGGAAACCAUUUUUGGAAGUGUCUGUUCAUGUCUGGUCUAAGUAAUGAACAGCUGAACCAUAUGGAUGACCACACCUUGCCACAUAAAUAUGGAAUUGGAUUUACAAACAUGGUUGAAAGGACAACACCUGGAAGCAAAGACCUCUCCAGCAAGGAGUUUCGGGAAGGAGGGCGAAUCCUGAUGCAGAAGUUGCAGAAGUAUAAACCUCGUAUAGCAGUUUUCAAUGGAAAAUGUAUUUAUGAAAUUUUUAGUAAAGAAGUUUUUGGAAUAAAAGUUAAGAAUUUGGAAUUUGGAUUACAGCCACACAAGGUGCCAGACACAGAAACUCUCUGCUAUGUUAUGCCGUCAUCCAGCGCAAGAUGUGCUCAGUUUCCUCGUGCACAAGAUAAAGUUCAUUAUUACAUAAAGCUGAAAGACUUAAGGGAUCAACUGAAAGGCAUUGCACCAAACACAGAGGUGCAGGAGGUGCAGUACACGUUUGACUUGAAACUUGCACAAGAGGAUGCUAAGAAGAUGGCUGUCAAAGAAGAAAAAUACGACCCGGGUUACGAAGCAGCGUAUGGAGGAGCUUACUGUGAUCGUGCGCCGUACGAAAGCGAUCAGUGCAAUUUCUCUUCCAAUGGAACUGCAGCAAGCAAUCUGCAGUACUGUGAGGGGUCCUCUUUCGGUGACAUUCCUAACGGACACUGGAUGACACAGUCCUUUGCAGACCAGAUUCCAGAGUUCAGGGCUGGGGUGCCACGGGAAGAAGAGGGAAGCAGUGCCUGAGAGCUGUUUCUUCUCGGCUAUGCCUACAUGCUGCAGUUUUAAUGCAGUGAUCAAGAUUGGUACCUCGGUUCUCCAACUGAAGCAUUUUAAUAGUAUUUUAUCUCCCCUAGCUAUUUUAUUAUAGUCCAAAGUAAGUGUGUGGUAGGCUUAAAUCAAUGAACUAGAUAAUUUUAAGGAACUGUCCAAACUUUAAAAAAAAAAGUUAGCCCUUUUUUGUAUAUGAGUUUUAUAUUUAAUGUGUACCAUUUCUUGCAGUUUUUGACAAAUUGCUUUCUCAUUUGUGAAGAUUUCUUUGGGGCGUUAAUUUUAUUCCAUAAAUCCUACUGCAGUAGUAAUGGCAGCAGUAUGCUUCUUACUGAUGCCUCAGUAUUUGGGUAUCUCCUCAUUCCUUUAUAUCCAGAGGGGAAAAUGAGAAGUGUACCCAUGUCUUACAUGAAGUAGUGUUUUUAAUCAUGCACAGUUAAGCAAAUUGUGCUUUUCAAGUCUGCCUUU